AUGGGAGUAGGAGGAGGUCUCGAAAAUCAUCAGGAUGAUUCGAAUGGUAAUAGAAAGGUUAGAGUGGAGGAGAUGGUGGAUGAUCUAAAUUUACACCCCAAUGAGGAGGAGGAGGAGGAGAAUAGUGUGACUCGGAGACGAUUGUCACAUCCGCCAUGGGAGGCAUUAUGGGCUUUACAAGAAAUUCAGUUCAGUGAUGUUUCAGGUAUCGAGUUCGAGAAGUUCUGUGGAGCAGGCAAAUUCGAGAUGGAUCACGUUCCGGUGGCAGGCAGAUUAGGUAGAGUGGUUAGCAUGUGGGAUGCUAGCAUCUUUAAGGAUUUCGAUGAGGUGGUCCAUAAGGCGAUCUCAAAUUUUUCUGUGGUUGGGGAGUCGAACGAGGUAUUAAUGAAAAAAUUAAAGAGGAUUAGAGAGGUGAUAUCUACUUGGAAAAAAGAGGUUUUAUCCAAGGAAGGGGACAUGGAGAUGUCUCAUAAAGAGGAAUUAGAAGAUCUAGAAAGUGUGGGGGAAGAAAGAGAAUUAUCUGAAGAGGAAGAGUGGACCAAAAUGGAAUGCCUAAAAGACUUAAACGAGCUCGAAGGUUACAAAAUUAAAGACAUUAAACAAAAAGCUAGAGCGAGAUGGGAUUUGGAAGGGGACGAGAAUACUGCUUUCUUUCAUGGUUACACUAAAAGUAGACGGGCUUUCAGUAAUAUCCCAGGUCUUAUGAUCGACGAUGUUUGGACGACUAAACCUGCUCUCAUAAAAAAAGAGAUAUUAGGGUUCUUUAGAAGGGCUUUCAAAGAAAAAGUUAAAGAUAGGCCUAAGCUCAUAUGCUAG